GUGAUUUCCAAGGAAUCCGGAGAUUCAUUCAGUCAUUCUCCACAGAGAGGGGAGGCCGCCCAACCCGGAUGCACAGAUCGUUUGUGGAGCGGUCAGUUGUGGGGUUCAGCCCGCAGGACUGGGAGUAUUUCAGCACCAGAAAGGACGAACAGCUCCCGCGGCGUUCACCUUUGUUUCCACGCCGCUACUGAGACCUGCGCCCGCUGCAUCACGCGCAGAGGACCGAGACACGCUCGCUCGCACGCACGCACGCACGCAGAGGGACUUGGUGGAACAGACUGUAUGCCGGAUUUGACACUUUUAAGGAAAUCAUUUGCAUGCCGAAUCUCGCUGUGUGUAGCAGCUCUACGUCGGGACUGACAAACGAUGGCGGAGUGUGGAAGGAGGGGACUGUCGCUCCUCGAGGAAGCGCGUUCUCGCUACGAGAGCCUGCAAAUUUCCGAUGAUGUGUUCGGGGAGUCAGGAGACGACAGCAGCGAAAACCCCUUUUACAGUACAACGGGAGACUCCAAUUCGGAUAACUACACGGAGACAAAUCCGGACGAUGCCAGAGCAGGUGAAACUAGGGGUCAGAGCUGCGGUCCCCCCGGUUCCGCCUCCAACGGCCAGGCGCAGGAGGAGGGAUGGAGCGACUCGCUACAGGACCUCAGUGUGCCCCACUAUCAGGACACGCAUGUUGACGGCCAGUGCUCUGCUUUGGGGUUUUCGUCACUACAAAAUAAUACCCACAUAACUCUCCAGCAGAGCUUCGCCUCAUCCUUCAGGCCCUCACAGACACAGGUCCUCCAUGAGCCCUUGAUUGAUGAGGACCCCGUGUUCAUUACCACAUGUACAGAGAGGGAGCUGCGCAAGAGGAAGAAGAGAAAGUUCAGCCUGUGGGUGCGACAGUGCAGCUCCACUGGUUUCAUCUGUCAGAUCUAUGUUCAUCUAAAGGAGGGUCCAGGUCCAGAUGGUUUGGACACGUUGAAAAAUAAACCCCAGCUUCACAGUCUGGUGGCCAAGCAGCUCUGUCAGAAUCUGGCUGGCCGUAAUGCAAUCAUCUUCACUGGCCCAAGCAUCACAAGUCUAAACUUGUUUCAGGAAUUUGAGAAACAGGGCAUCUACUGCUGCGGGUUGUUGAGCACCAGGAAGAGCGAUUGUACAGGUCUUCCUCAGUCUAUGCUGAUCAAUACCGAGGCUCCACAGCAACGUGGCCAGUCUCACAUUAAGAUGAGAGGCAAUAUGUCCAUAAUCAACUGGUACAACAAAGGCAACUUCAGGUUCCUCACUAAUGCCUACCCUCCCACUAAAGAAGGGGUGAUCAUUAAGAGGAAGAGUGGAGAAAUCCCAUGUCCCCUUGCUGUGGAGGCCUUUGCUGCGCACCUGAGUUACAUCUGCAAAUAUGAUGACAAGUACAGCAAGUACUUCAUUUUCCACAAGCCUAAUAAGACCUGGCAACAGGUGUUUUGGCUAACCAUCAGCAUCGCCAUCAACAAUGCCUAUAUUCUUUACAAGAUGUCAGACACCUACCACGUCAAACGCUACAGCCGGGCACAGUUCGGCGAGAGGCUGGUCAAGGAGCUCCUGGAUAUGGACGACUGCUCACCCACUCAGUGAAAGAAACCGCAUGCUGUCUCAAACCCACCCGUGACAACCCACUCAUACUAACAUACUCAAAUACACUUGCAUUCUGCACUUCAGGGUCAUUUUGAGUGAACAAACCCUAUACAUAACACAAAAUGUGCCAAGUUUGGUUGAAAAAGGGACGUUUUCCAUCUAAACUCCCAUUUAAGACCCCAUUUGGCCAUUUGAUACUACAGGACUAA